UGAAGCAGAGCAGCCCGAUGACCAGUCCGGAGAUUUCACCUCAUCCCUGAGCGCGCGCUGACAGAAAAAAAAAUAGACAUACUCCACUUCACAUCCUGAGGCUCUCUCUUCUCCUGCGGAUAAACCGUGCAGCUGUUCGGAUUCAUGUGUUCCCCGAUGGCUGAGUGGUGUGAAGACAGUCUCUCGUCUCCGUCCUGCUGUUAGUAGUUGAGGUGAAUAAUUAACAUCCAGAAAGUUCCAGAGAGUUCACAGAGACCAAUACAGACCAGUACAGACCAGUACAGACCAGUACAGACCAGUACAGCAGGGGACUCACUGGUGAGUGUAUUUUCUCAGUAGACAUUAAAGAGAAGUUAUAAAACAACAACAACAACACCAUCACCACCACCACCACCAACAACAACAACAACAACAACAACAAUACCAACAACAACAACAACAACAACACCAACAACAACAACAACAAUACCAACAACAACACCACCAACAACAACAACAACACCACCAACAACAACAACAGACUCAUCCUGCUGUUGAACACACACUCACACACACCGAGGGGGAAUGAAGACAGCCGAGUCUGAAGACAGGAUGUCUUCCAAGCGACCAGCCUCUCCAUAUGGGGGAACAGAUGGAGAGGUAGUCAUGGCGACGAGCAGACAGCGAUUGGACGAUGACGAGGUUGACGGACACGCUGUCAUUCACCUGCCCCUGAGCUCCUACUGCAGCUCGCCGCGAGCCCCGGACAGCCCGCCCACACUACACAGCAUCACGGAGCAGGAGAGCAGUAAAGGCCUGGCGCUGAGCCCGUACCCCCAGCACAACACUUCUACCUCACCCAGUAAACAGCAGCAGCAGGACGAGGGCUCGGGUUCGGCCACGGCUCUGGGAACGCCGGAGAGGCGUAAAGGCAGCCUGGCCGACGUGGUGGACACGCUGAAACAGCGCAAGAUGGAGGAGCUGAUCAAGAGUGAGCCUGAGGAGGCCCCCAGCAUUGAGAGGCUUCUGUCCAAGGAUUGGAAGGACAAGCUGCUCGCGAUGGGCUCCGGUCACUUUGGAGAGAUCAAAGGUACCCCGGACAGCCUGGCGGAGAAGGAGAGGCAGCUGAUGGGCAUGAUCAGCCAGCUGAGCAGCCUGAGGGAGCAGCUGUUAGCCGCCCACGAGGAGCAGAAGAAGCUGGCCGCCUCGCAGAUCGAGAAACAGAGACAGCAGAUGGAGCUGGCCAAGCAGCAGCAAGACCAGAUCGCUCGACAACAACAGCAGCUUCUGCAGCAACAGCACAAAAUCAACCUCCUGCAGCAACAGAUCCAGCAGGUCCAGGGUCAGCUGCCACCUCUGAUGAUUCCUGUUUUCCCUCCAGAUCAGAGGACUCUGGCAGCAGCCGCAGCCCAGCAAGGAUUCCUCCUGCCCCCAGGCUUCAACUACAAACCCGGCUGCAAUGACCCAUACCCCCUUCAACUCAUCCCAACCACCAUGGCGGCUGCUGCGGCUGCAACACCAGGCCUUGGCCCUCUUCAACUUCAGCAGCUGUAUGCGGCUCAGUUGGCAGCCAUGCAGGUAUCUCCAGGGUCCAAGCACAGCGCCGUGUCCCAGUCCAACCUGGCAGCAGGAACACACUCGCCUACCAGUGGCCAGAGCGAGAAGAGCAGGAACAGCCCACCACCCAAGGCCAAGGACGAGGGCGCUCAGCCCCUGAAUCUGUCAUCCAAGCCUAAGACAUCCGAGAGCAAGUCACCCACCUCCCCCGCUUCCCCACAGGUCCCUACCAUGAAGCUGGGUCCCGGAUCCAUGAAGCACAGUGCCCCCUCAAGCAUCGGAGUACCUCCGCCCAGAGUCAGCUCCAUAGACCUGCUGUCGUCCAUCACUUCUGGAGGCUACCUGAAUGACCAUGAGGCCGUGAGUAAGGCCUUCCAGGAGGCACGGCAGAUGAAGGAGCAGCUGAAGCGAGAGCAGCAGGUCCUGGAUGCUAAAGUGGCAGCGGUCAACAGCCUCACCCUCAACAACGGACGCUCGGAGAAGGAGAAACCGGCUCUCGAUAGUCUGAGUCAGCAGAUGAAGCAGUCCGAGGAGAGCAAGUUCACACACGCCAUGAUGGACUUCGGCAUGAGCGGCGACUCUGACGGUAGCCCCAGCGUGUCAGAUUCGAGGAUUUUCCGUGAGGCUCGAGGUCGUGGAAACGGUGAGCCGCACAUCAAGAGGCCCAUGAACGCCUUCAUGGUUUGGGCGAAAGACGAGAGGAGGAAAAUCCUGCAAGCUUUUCCCGACAUGCACAACUCCAACAUCAGCAAAAUCCUCGGUUCUCGCUGGAAAGCCAUGACUAAUCUGGAGAAGCAGCCGUACUACGAGGAGCAGGCGCGUCUCAGCAAGCAGCACCUGGAGAAAUACCCCGACUACAAGUACAAGCCCCGGCCCAAGCGCACCUGCCUGGUGGACGGCAAGAAGCUGCGCAUCAGCGAGUACAAGGCCAUCAUGCGCAACCGCAGGCAGGAGAUGCGCCAGUACUUCACUGUGGGGCAGCAGGGUCAGUUGCCGCUCUCUUCAGCGGGCGUGGUCUACCCCGGCGCUCUCUCCAUGGCUGGAAUGCCGUCCCCUCAGAUGCCGUCCGAGCACUCCAGCAUGUCCAGCAGCCCUGAGCCGGCUCCACCCACCAACCCACCCUCGUACCUCAGCCUCGGCAAGGGAGAUGAACCUCGCAUCAAGGAGGAGGUGCUGCGGAUGGACGAGAGCAACGGCGACGCCUACGACGACUUCGACUACGAGGACGACGACGGGGACUUCGGCAGCGACAGCGAAAACCACGUCGCGCAGUAAAUGACAAAAAAAUAGAAACGCUUGGGAAGGGAGGUUUGUUUUUGAAGUUUUUUUCGUGGAGCCGAUUCCUCCUUUCUUGUCCCCCUGGGCCUCCUUCUCUAAAUCCACCCUAAUCAGGACUCGGAUCGAAUCAGAGCCACGCCCCCUACCCCCCUCCCACGACAACCGUCACCCCUCCCCCCAUUCAUUCGCCCUGAUACCAGCAGCAGCAAAGAAGCACAGGACGUGUAACUGUUACACUAAAGGAGGACGUCACGUGAGCGCCACGUGCCAUCGCAUCUCGAGUAAGCUACAGGAAGUCAGAUAUGAUACGAUACGAUAAGGAAACUUUCACACACACACACACACACACACAAAAACUUAUUAUAAUAAUAAAUAAAUGAAAAAAACAACAACAGGACCUGUUGCGCGGCCUGUCACUUUAAAACGGUGGACCUGCUUGUCUAUAAAGAGACUUUUUGGUUUUUUCUGGGUUCUAUAAUAUUCUCACUCAGGUACACGGUGCCAACAAGUGGCUUGUGAAUGUGAUUUGUUGUUUUUGUGCUUAUGGUUUUAAUAGAGCUAAAAGAAAAAGGAAAAAAAAAAAACACUUUUAUUUUUCCUGGUUUUUGACGUUUCAAAAAAAACAAAAACAAACAAAAAAAAACAAACACCA